AUGUCUAGCUGUUUGAAGGUGUCGCUACUGUUCUUGGUGCUGCUUGGUCCUUGUUAUGGACAAGUCGUGGUCAUCACAACUCCCCAGAUAGACGUCAAGGAAGGUGACCAGUUCCCAGUGAAAAUCAAACUCAUGGGCGAGACAUCUGAUGAACUGAGUGUGGUCGUGCGGUUGAGUCCUGAAUCCGACCCUGCUGACUUUGAAGGUACAAGUCUUGCCUGGGUCUUCAAGAAGGGAGCCAAAAAUGAAGAAGUUGAAUUGAUCUUCACGACCAAGGAUGAUAAGAUUCCAGAGAAGAAUGAAACGUUUAUUCUGGAGCUUCUUGUGAUCAAGGGGCCAAGUAAUGCCUUGGUUGGUGACCCAUCGAAGGCUACUGUCAUCAUCUUGGCUAAUGAUGAUGCAUUUGGUGUCAUUGGCUUUGCAGAUCCGUCAGCCAAAUCUGUAGAAGAACUGAUUGGUAAAGCAAAUCCUGUGAGUUUGACUGUCAAGAGAACACAGGGAUUGUUUGGAUCAGCCAGAGUCGCAUUUCAGUUCAGGUUUCAGAUCUUGAGAAAAAAAUGA